GAUUUCCUUUGCCCCGUGUGCCAUAAGCUUUUCCCGCUGCAGCGCAUGCUGACCCGUCACCUGAAGUGCCACAGCCUCAUCAAAAGGCACCCGUGCAGGUACUGCGGAAAAGGCUUCAACGACACCUUCGACCUGAAGAGGCACAUGCGCACGCAUACAGGUAUCCGGCCGUACAGGUGUGACCUGUGUGAGAAGGCCUUCACGCAGCGCUGCUCUCUGGAGUCGCACCUGAGGAAGAUUCAUGGCGUGCAGCAGCAGUAUGCCUACCGCCAGCGGCGCUCCAAGAUCUUUGUGUGUGAAGACUGCGGCUUCACCUCCAGCCGGCCAGAUGAGUACUUCUUGCAUGUGCGCCAGCGGCACCCCGAAAGCCCUGCCCUGCGGAGGUACUACCGUAAACACUUGCAGGAGACGUCCACCCAGCCCCAGAUCUCACCCUUUAUGCUCUACCCCACUGCAGCCUUUUACAUGUGA